AUGAAGGUGCAUCAGGAAAGUCAGAAGUUCUGCAGCAAAGUCAUUGGCUCCGUAUAUCUGGACCCCCUUGGAUGGACGUCGACAUUGGCUGUCCGCACGCAGAAGGGCCGCCUGGUGCAGAUCACCACGUCUGGCGACCGAGAGCUGCCUGUAGCCACCGGCACACCGCUUGAAGUGCGCGGCACGUGGCAGGGAGGCAGCAGCGCCGGCGAAGCCGCCGUAGCCGCCGCUGCCAGCACCGCCACCGCCAGCAGGGCAAUGGGCAGCACCAGCAGCUUCCGCGCCAGCAGCGUGCGGGCUACGGCGCAGCUACGGCCGCGCCACCACCGCCCCUCGGUGACCCGCACCGCCGCCCGCGGCAGCGCCAGCAGCGUGCCACCGCCCCUGCCCCGCAUCAGCAACCCAGUGGUGGAGAAGGAUAUUAGCACCAUUUUCAUCCCCAUCGCAGCAGUGGUGAACCCCGCCAGCCAGGCCAGCACCCUCUGCCCCGGCAGCUCGCAGCCCAUGCUGACCGCCGCGCAACUGGCGCGCGUCGUGUUUGCCGAGCAGAACCAGGCAAACGCCACCGUGGGCUCCAUCUUUGGCACCUGCUCCUUUGGCAAGAGCCAGCUCACGCAGGGCAACAGCCGAGUGGCGGACCUGGUGCGCCUCCCCUGCACCGACAGCAGCGCUGGCAUCCCCUGGAGCUUCGCCAGCUGCCAGAUAGAUGACAUCAGCGGCCUGGCAGACGCUGCCGACGCUGUGCUGCGGGCCAGGGGUGUGCCGCUCGAAAAGUACAAGCACCGUGUGUACCUGCUGCCGCCGGCCGGCCCGUCUGGAUGCUCCUUUGGCGGGGUCGGGUACAUCGACUGCGGCAGCGACAUGUCGUUCGAGUGCCGCUCCUGGAUCGGUGCGGGCUUCUGGGGAGUGCCGCAGGUGCUGGCCCACGAGCUGGCUCACAACCUGGGCCUGGAGCACUCCGGCUCGCAGAACGCCGCGGGGCAGUACGACCAGUACGGCGAUGGCAGCAGCCUCAUGGGCGCCUGCUGCUCGGCACGCUGCCCCAGCACGCCCCAGGCCUGGCAGCUGGGCUGGCUCAACCUGGCGCAGCUGGACGGCAGCCGGCUGGCCGCGGGGAAGACGCGGCGUGUGGCGUUGGCCAGCCAGGACUCGUCACCAGACAGCGGGCUGAGGGUGCAGGCGGACUGGGCGCCGGGCGUCCUGCCGCUGUUCCUGGGAUACCGCAAGCAGGCGGGCGGCGAUGGUGGCAUGGAUGGCUCGCUAGGCAGCAAGGUGCACGUGUACCGAGCCGACAUGGGGCCCCGCACCGCCAGCAGCCCCUGGAUGCCUGCCCACACGGCCUGGCUAACUGCGCUAGCUGUCGGAGAGAGCUGGGAGGACCCACCCACCGGCCUGGUCGUCAGCGUGGACAGUGCAGCGGGAGACAGCGCCACGGUGCGCAUCUGCCGCAAGGGCGGCGCCGACCCCACCUGUGGGGCCCUGCUGGCGCAGGCCAAGGCCAGUCCCUAG